CGCCCCCUGUCGGGCAAAGUCUCAGAAAUUAUCUCCGCAGGAGAAAGUAGCGGACUCUGGAUCUCGGCGUUUCGGCGAUGGCGCUUCGCUGGGGUAUUGUGUCAGCUGGCCAAAUCUCCGGCGACUUCACGACCGUGCUGCGGAUGCUGCCUCGCUCCGAACACCAGGUGGUGGCUGUAGCGGCCCGAGACUUGAGCCGGGCGAAGGAGUUUGCACGAAAACACGACAUCCCCAAGGCUUACGGGUCCUAUGAGGAGUUGGCCAAGGACCCUAACGUGGAGGUGGCUUACAUUGGCACCCAGCACCCUCAGCACAAGGUCGCGGUGCUGCUGUGCCUGGCAGCGGGCAAGGCCGUCCUGUGCGAGAAGCCCAUGGGCGUGAACGCCGCGGAAGUGCGCGAAAUGGUGGCGGAGGCCCGGUCCCGAGGCCUCUUCCUCAUGGAGGCCAUCUGGACCCGCUUCUUUCCCGCCGUAGAAGCUCUGAGGUCUACUCUGGCCCAGGGAACGCUGGGGGACCUCCGCGUGGCUCGGGCAGAAUUUGGGAAAGACCUCAGGGGCGUGCCGCGGGUCGUGGACUGGGCACAGGCUGGCGGUGGCUUGUUGGACCUUGGCAUCUACUGCGUCCAGUUCAUCUCCAUGGUCUUCGGAGGGCAGAAGCCAGAGAAGAUUUCAGCUGUGGGAAGGCGUCACGAGACAGGUGUGGAUGACACGGUCACCGUGCUCCUCCAGUACCCAGGAGGGGUCCAUGGCACCUUCACCUGCAGCAUCUCUGCCGAGCUCUGCAACACGGCCUCCGUGAGCGGUACCAAGGGCACGGCCCAGAUCCUCAGCCCCUGCUGGUGCCCGACAGAGCUGGUGGUGAAGGGGGAGCAUAAGGAGUUCCCGCUGCCCCCGGCCCCAAGCCAGGAGUUCAAUUUUAUAAACGGAGCAGGCAUGAGUUACGAGGCCAAGCAUGUCCGCGAGUGCCUGCGAAAGGGCCUGAAGGAAAGUCCUGUGAUUCCCCUGGCGGAAAGCGAGCUCCUGGCUGACAUCCUCGAGGAGGUGAGGAAGGCCAUUGGAGUUACUUUCCCCCAAGACAAAUGCUGAUGUACGCCCCGAAUAAAUAAAAACAUGGUUUCCACAGAGA